CCCACUCUGCGGCGGGAAGAACCACCUGGAGGUGGCGGGGGGGGUUUGAUUUCCAUCACCCCUAGGGAGAGAGGAUCGGGGACCCGCUGAUCUUCCAGCUCCCCUCACCCAACGUCGUGCACGUUGCAGAGAGGUCUUUCUGUCCUUCAUGAACACGCACGUGGUAGACAGAUGACUGUCCUCCGCCGCGUGCGGCUCUAGGUGCCCUGGACGUGGAGCUGUCCAGCAGGGGGAAGGAUGGAUUCCAAAGAUGAAAGCUCACACGUGUGGCCCACAUCUGCAGAGCACGAAGAGAAUGCUGCACAGGUGCACUUUGUUCCUGACGCCGGAACUGUGGCUCAGAUUGUCUACACCGAUGACCAGGUUCGUCCGCCCCAGCAGGUGGUGUACACGGCAGAUGGUGCCUCCUACACUUCAGUGGACGGUCCUGAGCAUACCCUGGUGUACAUCCAUCCUGUGGAAGCCGCACAGACUCUGUUUACAGACCCAGGGCAGGUAGCUUAUGUCCAACAGGAUGCUACAGCUCAGCAGGCCUCGUUACCGGUGCAUAACCAGGUAUUACCUUCAAUUGAGGGUGUGGAUGGUUCAGACCCUUUGGCAACUCUGCAGAACCCUAUGGGUAGACUGGAGGCCAAAGAGGAAGAGGAUGAGGAUGAGGAUGAAGAUACUGAGGAAGAUGAGGAGGAAGAUGGUGAAGACACAGACCUGGAUGACUGGGAACCAGAUCCCCCUCGGCCCUUCGACCCACAUGACUUAUGGUGUGAGGAGUGCAAUAAUGCACAUUCUUCAGUGUGCCCAAAGCAUGGCCCCUUGCAUCCCAUCCCUAACAGGCCUGUGCUCACUAGAGCAAGAGCGAGCCUCCCCCUGGUCCUCUACAUUGACAGGUUCCUCGGAGGGGUGUUCUCCAAAAGGCGCAUUCCUAAGCGCACCCAGUUUGGCCCUGUGGAGGGACCCCUCGUCAGGGAGUCUGAGCUGAAAGACUGUUAUAUUCAUCUGAAGGUUUCUCUUGAUAAAGGGGACAGAAAAGACCGAGAUUUGCAUGAAGACCUGUGGUUUGAAUUAUCUGAUGAGACCCUUUGUAACUGGAUGAUGUUUGUACGUCCAGCCCAGAAUCACCUGGAGCAGAACCUGGUGGCUUACCAAUAUGGCCACCAUGUGUAUUACACGACAAUAAAGAACGUAGAACCCAAACAAGAACUGAAGGUGUGGUACGCUGCAUCCUAUGCUGAGUUUGUGAACCAGAAAAUUCAUGACAUCUCUGAGGAAGAAAGGAAAGUUCUUCGUGAGCAAGAGAAGAAUUGGCCCUGCUAUGAAUGUAACCGCCGAUUUAUAAGCUCGGAGCAGUUGCAACAGCAUCUCAAUUCCCAUGAUGAAAAACUUGAUGUGUUUAGCAGAACAAGAGGCAGAGGAAGGGGACGAGGCAAGAGGCGAUUUGGCCCUGGUCGACGGCCAGGACGCCCUCCAAAAUUUAUCCGCUUGGAAAUAGCCAGCGAAAAUGGGGACAAAUGUGACGACGGGACACAGGACUUGCUACAUUUUUCCACCAAGGAGCAGUUCGAUGAGGCUGAGCCACCUACUCUGAAUGGGCUGGAUCAACCAGAACAGCCCACUCUCCCCAUCCCUCAGCUGCCACAGGAAACCCAGCCUUCUCUGGAACACGAGCCAGAAACUCAUAGCCUACACCUGCAGCCCCAGCACGAGGAGAGCGCGCUGCCUACCCAGAGCACCCUGACGGCCGAUGACAUGCGCAGAGCCAAGCGUAUCCGAAAUGCAGCUCUUCAGCAUCUGUUUAUUCGGAAGUCCUUCCGGCCUUUUAAGUGUUUGCAAUGUGGGAAGGCCUUCCGUGAAAAGGACAAACUGGACCAACAUUUGCGCUUCCAUGGGCGGGAGGGGAACUGCCCGCUGACCUGUGAUCUCUGUAACAAGGGCUUCAUCAGCAGUGCGUCCUUGGAGAGCCACAUGAAACUCCAUUCAGACCAGAAGACUUAUUCUUGCAUUUUUUGCCCGGAAUCCUUUGACCGCCUUGAUUUGUUGAAGGAUCACGUGGCCAUUCAUAUCAAUGAUGGCUGCUUCACGUGCCCAACUUGUAAGAAACGAUUCCCAGAUUUUAUCCAGGUGAAAAAACACGUGCGAAGCUUCCACUCAGAAAAGAUCUACCAGUGUACAGAGUGCGACAAGGCCUUCUGCCGUCCUGACAAACUGCGUCUUCACAUGCUCCGACAUUCAGACCGCAAAGAUUUCCUGUGUUCCACGUGCGGGAAGCAAUUUAAGCGAAAAGACAAACUACGGGAACAUAUGCAGAGGAUGCACAACCCUGAGAGGGAGGCCAAGAAAGCUGACCGCAUCAGCCGCUCCAAGACGUUCAAGCCUCGUAUCACAUCCACGGACUACGACAGCUUCACGUUCAAGUGCCGCCUGUGUAUGAUGGGCUUCCGGAGACGAGGCAUGCUGGUCAGUGCCAAGCGGCUUCCAGACCCACCCAUUUCUGUCUAUGUUCUUCCCAGUCUCCCUUUGCCCUCCUUAGAACCGUGUACUGCUUUCAUGACAAAGCAUUUGAAUUUGCAGGUUUAUAAAAGUGCCAGCAAACGAAAAGCCCAUAUUCUGAAGAACCAUCCAGGGGCUGAGCUCCCACCAAGCAUUCGCAAACUCCGUCCAGCUGGCCCAGGAGAGCCAGACCCCAUGCUGAGCACCCACACCCAGCUCACGGGCACAAUAGCUACCCCUCCCGUGUGCUGCCCUCACUGCUCCAAACAGUACAGCAGCAAGACCAAGAUGGUACAGCACAUUCGAAAGAAGCACCCAGAGUAUGCCCAGCUCCCUAACACCUUACAUCCACCGCUGACGACAGCUGUGAUCAGUGCUGCCCCGGCUGUGUUAACCACAGACAGUGCUACUGGGGAGACCGUGGUGACAACAGACCUCCUAACCCAAGCCAUGACAGAGCUGUCCCAGACCUUAACAACCGAUUACCGAACGUCGCAGGGGGACUACCAGAGAAUUCAGUAUAUUCCUGUGUCCCAGUCGACAUCUGGUCUUCAGCAACCUCAGCACAUACAGCUUCAAGUGGUACAAGUGGCUCCGGCCACUUCCCCACACCAGUCGCAGCAGUCCACUGUGGACGUUGGCCAGCUCCACGACCCUCAGACCUACACCCAGCAUGCCAUCCAGGUGCAGCAUAUCCAAGUCACAGAGCCCACUUCCUCCAGCCCCUCAUCGUCCCAGGUAACUGGGCAGCCCUUGAGCCCUGCGUCCCAGCAGUCCCAGCAAGGGCUCAGCCCCUCGCAGAUACAAGGCGGCGCCUCCACACCGGGCCAGGCUCUCCAGCAGCAGCAGGGCUCCUCUGUACAACACACCUACCUACCCAACGCUUGGAACUCCUUCCGUGGCUACUCAUCGGAGAUUCAAAUGAUGACACUUCCCCCAGGUCAGUUUGUGAUUACAGACAGUGGUGUGGCCACUCCUGUCACCACUGGCCAAGUGAAGGCAGUUACGCCGGGUCAUUAUGUGUUAUCAGAAAGUCAACCAGAAUUGGAGGAAAAGCAAGCUUCUGCUCUCUCCACGGGAGUCCAGGUUCAGCCAGCUACACACAGUGACUUGGACCCCCAGACCACCAGCCAACAGCAGCCCACACAGUACAUCAUUACAACCACCACCAACGGGAAUGGGAGCAGCGAAGUGCAUAUCACUAAACCUUAACUUCUACCCUUGAGCUUGAAUCCAGCAGUCACAUCAUGUCUUUUCUCAUCCAUAAGUUUGAAAGCUUCCAACACUUGGAACUCUUUUUUUAAGAUUUAUCAUUCACUCAAGAAUUUGGAAACCACAGUUUUGACACUCUACACACACUGGGGCUCCUUUUAUAAAGGUCAUCUUUACCAAAUUGACUCUUCAAACCCUAGGAGCUUCUGCCAUGGAAUGGAGAUCUUUCAGGGGAAAGUAGAUUUCAAGGUGGAGAAACUUCGCCUUACUCUCGAGUUGGUUUUUUUAACACAUUGAUAGGCCUUACUUUUCCUUUGUGGAAAUACUAGGUGGUGUAUCACGUUUGUACCAAAGGUGGAGAAAGGAUGUGCCAGGUCCAUGGCCACUGGACUUCUUCAUUCCACGCCAUGGCACUGAAGGAGACGGGCAUUUUAUUCAGUCAGAACUGCUUCAUCUUUUGAGUUUGCAUUUUCAGUAAUUUAACAAGGGGAGCCUAUCGAAUAUGAAAAUAAAGACGAUGAAACAGA